UCUCUCUCUCUCUCUCCUCAUGUACUUCAGUGGUUUGCAGAGGCUCAGCAGAAAGAGCUCUUCAUCAGAGCCGGACAAACCGACAGGAGGAACUCUGUUAUGUGUACAUUAUCAUCACUUCGACUUGUGGGGUUUGUCCUCAGCCUGACAGGUGUACAUGCCUCCUGUCCUAUUGAGAUGAACCCCAAAAGUGUUGCGGUAAAAUAUGGUACCUCUGUCUCAGUCAACUGCAGCACAUCAUCCAGGCACGAUGGAAUGGGCUGGGAAGCUCAGGAAGGAGGCACAGGUUUGAUGAUGGUCAACCAUUUGACAUGGACUGUGGGGAGCCUAAAAACAUGGACAGUUUCUCCAAAAUGCUAUAUUAAUGUUUUAAAUCCGAAUGAGCAGUGCUACAAGGAUCUAAAAGUAGUUCUUUACACAUUUCCAGAAACAAUCAGCAUCGUUGGUGUUGGUCCCAUGGAAGAAGGAAUCAAGUAUGAGUUCACAUGUGACAUCCGUGAAGUAGCACCACUUCACAAUCUCUCUGUGUGGUGGUACACACCAGUGGAAAUAAUUACACACAAUUUUCACAAUGCCAUAAAGACACCAGUCCAUGUGUCAGAUAAGCUCACCAUGACAGCUUCGAGAAAUGUCACUGGAGGAAAACUGAGAUGUGAGGCUCUUUUGGAUCUGGCACCAGACGGGCCACAACUUAAAGUAUCAUCACAGGAAUAUAAUCUUACAGUUCACUAUGGACCAGAAAUAGGAUGCAGUUUGGUUGAGAUGGCGGAAGGGGAAACGCUGGAGAGUGCGUGUCCUGUCUUAGGAAAUCCAACCCCUGUUGUUACAUGGAUGAAAAACGGACGACCUAUUGACCCAACCAUUCCCAUGGAUAGGAAAGAUGUUGGCUUGUACGUUGUUGAAGCUAAAGGCCAUGUCUCUAAGAAGAAGAACGUCUCUGUACAUGUUUUCUAUGGUCCAGAAGUGUCCUGUCCGGUUAAUUACACUAUAGUGGAGUAUUCUGCUAACAACUUCAGAUGCUUCAUUCAGGGUCACCCCAAACCCAUUGUAAUCAUAUACAAGGACGACGAUGAGGUGUACCUUCCGAAGACACUCACGAGAAAUGACGCUGGUCAAUAUUUGAUUGCAGUUUCAAACGCGCACUCAAGUGUCAAUUUUACAUUUGAGAUCAACGUUGAAUACCCCCCUUCAAAGAUAGCUGAGCUUGAAGACUCUGAAGUGGAAGCUGGUUCUGCAGUGUGGUUGAAGUGUUCCUCCACAGGCAACCCCCGACCAAAUUAUUCCUGGGAAUAUUACAAAACUGCUAACGUGAUAGAGAAAAAUGAAGACGGAGUGUCCCUUCUGCAAAUCUACAAUGCUACCGCAGCCAACAUAGGGUUUUAUACGUGCUAUGCUGAGAACAACAGAGGACGAACAUCUGAAACAGUCAGAGUCACUGUACAAGGUAAGGCUACUUACUAUCAACUGAUACCACAAUACUGUCAUCGUCUAGCUGAUAAAAUUAAAGUUUCUCGGUUGGCUCGUCCGAUGCAGCUGAAAGUAGGAAAAAAAAGGGGCAGCAGCUGCUGGAAGAACCUCCGAGACUUUAUUCCAAUGGAGGAUUUAAAGAGUCGUCGCCUCCUGCCGCUGUUUUUCACUUUGCAGCUGCUGUCGCUUUCUAACGGCUCAAACUCGAGUGUAAAGGAAGAAUGUCCACUUGAAAUAAUUCCAGAUGGGGUGGUGGUUCCAUAUGAAGGUAGAAAUGUAACAUGCAAGCCAACAUCCAGUGAACAUGGAAAUGUCAAAAACCUCCACUGGGAAGCUUCAGAUGGCACCAGGAUCAACAGCAGCACGUUCUUGGUUGAACCCAGCAGAGAUUGGGAUAUAAAGCCUGUCUGUAUUGCUGUAUUUGAGGGAAUAGGAACAUGUUACAAAGCAUUAAGCUUCACCCCAUACAAAAUGCCAGACAGUGUCUCCAUCCGUCCUGUGCACAGUUCAACUUCAGUGCUGGAGGACAAAGAGUACCAGAUAGAAUGUGAAAUUAUCAACAUUGCUCCUGUUCAAAACCUUAGUGUAUGGUGGUACCGAGGCAAUGAAGCUAUUGAACCAGCAGUCAGAGGCCCUCUGAGACUAACUGGCUGCCUGUAUGAGAACAACACACACUGUGACAUGAGUGUGAUUAGCACGCCAGUGAACGUGUCAUCCACCAUCAGUAUCACUCUGGGCAGAAAACACAGUGUUGCAGAAUUCAGAUGUGAGGCUUGUUUGGACCUGGGAGUUCCUCUAAACAUGACGUCAAGUCCUCUCAACGUCACUGUUUAUUAUAAACCCACCAUUAAUACCACAAAACUUCCAAAGACAGUCCCAGUUUUCAGAGGAUAUCCUGAAGAGCUUGUUUGUGAAGCUGAUGGUUACCCACCACCAAAGAUCCAGUGGUUCUUUGGUUCAGAUAAAGGUGCCUAUGUGAAUGGAGACAUACUCAUCGUAACCCAGGCGGGACAUUACAACUGCUGUGCCACUAAUGACAUAGAUUCCAUCUCUCAUGAGGUCGAGGUGAUUUUAAAAGAGGACUACCUGCCUCUUAUUGCUGGACUUGUGGCUCUCACAGUGGUGGUCAUCUCCAUCAUCUUUGUUUUUAUUUACAGUAUCUACUACAAGAACACUAAGAUGCGCCGUUACAGUGUGAAAAACCCCAAACUCAAGAACCAGAAUGGCAACGUAGCUCACAAUAGCUGGGACAUGCAAUUUCCCAUGACCAAACUGUCUUACGUCGUUGUGUGUACAGGUGAUCAUUUAAGUGCCUCAUGUCCUGUUGAACUGAUCCCCCCAAGUGUUGUGGUGGAAUAUGGAGAUGCCAUCUCAAUAAACUGCAGCUCACUCGCUACCGUGAUGGAUGGAAUGGGCUGGGAGUCACCCUUCGGUGGCACAGGACUGCUAGAACAAACAUCUGUUUCCUGGUAUGUCAUGUCUCUGCAGACCUGGAAAAUUGAACCAAAGUGCUUCAUCAAUCUCCCUGAUGAUCAGUGUUUCAAAGUUGCGCCAAUCACCAUUUACAAAAUGCCGGAGGAUGUUUCAGUCACAGUGUUACAUGAUGGUCCACUGAUGGAGAACAAAAUGUACGUUGUGUUGUGCACUGUCACUGAUGUCGCUCCAUUAAGGAACCUUUCUUUGACUAUGCACACAGGGAAAGAGGUCAUGGGACUAAUGGUAAAUGACACAGGGUUGCCAACACCGCAAAACCUUACAAUACCCAUCCAAAAGCACUUUUCAAGACAUCAUAAUGGAACUCAUAUCACUUGUCAAGCAAAGCUGAACCUUGCUCCACCAGGAGCAGAUCCGCUCAUAAUGACGUCAACGCCAUAUGAAUUGAUUGUACACUAUCCACCAACCUUCAUCAAACCUAAAACGGAGAUGGUGCCUCUUCCAAAUAGAGGGGAAAUAACUUUAAAUUGCAUGGCUACAGGAAACCCUGUCCCAGUCUACAGUUGGCAGGUGCCACAUUAUGCAGACGAGAAUCCAGGGAAUCAGCCCACCCUGACGGGUUCAGUGCUGCUCCCAGGGACCUAUAACUGCACAGCAACCAACCUGCUCGGCAGCACAACUAAACAUUUCAUCAUCGCUGAAGAACCAAGGAAUCGAACAACAUUGGCAGUCCUGGUUGGCGUGCUGGCAUCCCUCGGAGUGCUGUUCUUCAUCUUCGGUGUCAUUUUUGUGACACGUGAUGGCAUGUUUUCUUUCAGCAAAGGCCCCUGUACCAAAGGACAACCCGCCCCAUCAGGAGAAUACUGGAGCUGGAUACUGGACCAGCUCCAGGAAGAGUCCUGUUCACUGCAGAGUCGCCAAGCCUGGACAAGUUGGGUUUUUUUCCCCCCAUCGCUCACCCGGCAUCUCGCUUGCAAAAGUAACAUGGGAAACAACUUUCGGGAAUGGGCUCUGGUUCUUUGCAUGAUUUAUUCAGUGUCAGGUGAUGGUUGCUGCCUCCUCAUCAAGCCCUCCAGGGUUGUGGUGGGGUUUGGUGAGCCCGUCUCGGUCACCUGUGAAGCCGCUCGGCCAGUACGGGUCCUAGGGUGGGACUCAUCCAUCGGCGCCUCACACACACAGCAGGACCUGUCCGUCCAGUGGAAGGUGGACAGCCUCAUCGACUGGAUAGAGGAACCCAUCUGCUACGGGGUUUUCUUCACUGCUCCACGCCAGUGCGAGGAGAAACUCAACCUCGUCCUCUACAAAACUCCAGAUAGCAUCUCCAUUAGAUCUGCGAACCACACUGGCCCCAUGGUGGAAGGAAAAGCGUACCAGCUGCUCUGUGAGGUUCAGAACAUUGCUCCUGUCCAGUACCUCACCCUGAGGUGGUACAGAGGACACACUGAGGUCUACAACCAUUCCUUCUCAGACCUCACGCCAUCUUCACCUGUGCAAGUCUCGUCCAUCUUGUUGGUCACGCCAACAAGAGCCGACAACGGGGCACAGUACAGGUGCGUCGCAGAGCUCGAACUGGGACCAGAAGGACCACAACCUCCUCCUGCAGUCACCUCUGAGCUUCUUCAUGUCUCCGUGUACUAUCCACCAACAUUCCUUAAUCCUGAACCAGAACUUGUGGACCAUAUAAUGGGUGCUGAAAUCACCUUAAACUGCACGGCCUCUGGGAAUCCCACACCUGUGUACAGCUGGCAAUCCCCCCAUCCCACACAGGAGAAGGUGGUGGAUGAAGCUGUCCUUACCUCCUCAUCUCUGCUCCCUGGAACAUACACCUGCACAGCCUCCAAUGCCCUGGAGAAGAAGAGCAAGCAGUUCAUUGUUAAGGCCAAGACCAAAGGUGUUUAAAACCGAAGAUCUCAUGAUACACUCAGAUGAAAGUGGUGACAUACAUGGACACAUCCACUAAGCUGAUUUUUACUCUUGCUGCUUUGGAGAAGGAAUCGUGUUUCACAAUCAUGACCUGGAUACAGUUACAGUGCAUCCAGGAAGUAGUCAUAGCACUGCACAUAUCCCACAUUUAUUUACAGCCUUAUUCCAAA